AUGAGCUUUCUACAGCAGCUUCAGAACAAACGCUCGGGUCUUAAACCCACUACAACCACUGUGACCACCGCCACUGGCAAACGGUUUAUAGAAGCAAACUCAUUUACCUCAACACCAGUACCACUUGAAGAGCAAACCUAUGGCUUUAUUGUUGACACUAAGCCAGACACAGUACCGGCAUGUAUAUUACCCGAACUACUUUACUUGGGCUCACAGGACGCUGUAAAUAAUGAAAACGUUGGUACAUUUAAGAUAACACACAUCCUAAGCGUUGGCAUUGAGACGCCGUUUUUAGCUAACGGGGAAGUGCAAAUAAAACAUGUGCCAUGUCUAGAUUUACCCGAAACGAAGCUUUUAGAAAAUGUCAUACCAGAAACAAACGCAUUUAUAAACGAAGCAAAAUUGUCUCAGGGGCGAGUUUUGGUGCAUUGCAAUGCUGGGGUUUCGCGAGCGGCGAGUGCUGUUAUUGGCUACUUAAUGCUGGAACGUGGCAUGCCGUUUGAUGAUGCAUACUCCUUAGUAAAGUUAAAACGAGAAUGUAUUCAGCCAAACGUAGGAUUUAUUAAGCAGCUAAAGAACUUAAAGAUAGCCGACUAAGAUAGCAUACCACAAUUCAAAAUCCUGCGCUACAACUCACUGCGCUUCAAGAGGAUUUCAUUGUACAACCAAGCGGCUCGCUGUUUCGCCUCAACUGGAUAAUACAGACGCAU